UUUGGCCUCGCUAGCUGUUAGCUAGCUGGCUGACAUGAUGAUGGUGCAUGGUGGCCGCAGUAACCGUACAGAUGUUGCACUACAUUUAACGCUGUAAAUUUCAAGUGAAGCCAUGGGUCAGAUUCGCCUGUAGCUCAGGGACAAUGCGAGGAAAAACACACAGCCAGGCCAUUUACCGCCGCAAUACACAGGCCCAGUCUUUCAUUUAUCGUGUGCUAGGCAUGCUACGUUCACUUACUGUUUUGGCCGCUGUGAAAAGGUUUUCAUUGCAAUUGUACAAGUCUCUGCUCAAUCGGCAACGCUUUGUACAAUGCUAACGGGUUCUUAGAGACGUUUGGUUCUUUACAUCAUAGUGUCUGUUUUGAGCCAAAUGUGGGGAAGCAUUAGGAGCUGAAGAUAUAUUUUAUCAUGAAGCCCAGAUUAACAUUUGUCUGCCUAGCCCAUGUGUCUCUGUUAUCAUGAACUGUUGAAAAGAAGAGGAUGACGAAAUGAGAUAAAGUGGACGACUGGAGGAGCCUUAGCCCCCUCACCUCCACCAGUUUGAAGCAUGGCUGGCCUACAGCUUGUUACUCCUGCCACCUCACCCAUGGGGCCUUUCUUUGGUCUUCCAUGGCAGCAGGAGGCUAUUCAUGAUAACAUUUAUACACCUAGAAAAUAUCAGGUUGAACUUCUUGAAGCAGCUCUUGAACGCAAUACCAUCGUCUGCUUGAAUACUGGCUCAGGGAAGACCUUCAUUGCAGUACUUCUAACAAAAGAGCUCUCCCACCAAAUACGUGGACCUUACCAAGAAAAUGCAAAGAGGACUGUUUUUCUAGUGAACACAGCUGCUUCUGUAGUUCAGCAAGCAGCUGCAGUCAGGACUCACUCUGACCUCAGUGUGGGAGAGUAUACAGAUCUGGAGGAGACCUUAGCAUGGACUGACCAACGGUGGAGUCGACAGAUAAUAGAAAAUCAGGUGCUGGUCAUGACUUGCCACAUAUUCCUUCAUGUUCUGAGGAAUAAAAUCUUACCAUUGUCGAAAAUCAACUUGGUGGUGUUUGAUGACUGCCACCUGGCCAUCACAGACCACCCUUACUGUCAGAUAAUGAAGCUGUUUGAGGGCUGCUCCUGCACUCCUCGUAUCCUUGGUCUCACGGCUUCCAUUCUGAAUGGAAAGUGUGACCCAUCAGAACUGGAGCAGAAGAUUCAGAAUCUGGAAAGAAUCCUUAAGAGCAAUGCUGAGACUGCUACUGAUCUUGUGGUCCUGGACAGAUACGCCUCUCAGCCAAGAGAAGUGGUGUUGGACUGCGGUUCCUACGUGGACAAGAGUGGCCUCUCCUCCCGUUUGCAGGCUGAACUCAAUGAAGCUCUUCACUUCCUGAAUGACUGCAACAUAUCUGUGGUCAAGGAGGACCGUGAUCCCACAUUCAUCUCCAAACAGGUCCUCAAUGACUGCCGGGCCGUACUGCAGGUGCUGGGGCCCUGGUGUGCAGAUAAGGCAGCAGGCAUCAUGGUGCGCGAGCUACAGAAGUACAUCAAACACGAGCAGGAGGAACUCAGCCGCAAAUUUCUACUCUUCACGGACACUAUUCUGCGCAAAGUGCACGCUCUCUGUGAGGAGCAUUUCUCCCCCGCCUGCCUGGACCUCAAGUUUGUCACGCCAAAGGUCCUACGGCUGCUUGAGAUCCUGCACGAAUACAAGCCGUUUGAGCGGCAGCAGUUUGAAAGUGUGGAGUGGUACAACAACCGCAACCAGGACAACUAUGUGUCCUGGAGCGACUCUGAGGAUGAAGAUGAGGAUGAAGAGGUGGAAGCCAAAGAGAGGCCUGAAGCUAACUUUCCCUCUCCAUUCACAAAUAUCCUGUGUGGAAUCAUCUUUGUGGAGAGGCGUUAUACAGCUGUUGUCCUCAAUCGUCUUAUCAAGGAGGCAGGGAAGCAGGACCCAGAGCUUGCUUAUAUAAGUAGCAACUUCAUCACUGGCCACAGCAUUGGCAAGAACCAGGCACGCAACAAACAAAUGGAGGUGGAGUUCAGGAAGCAAGAGGAGGUUCUUCGCAAAUUCCGGGCUCAUGAAACUAACCUUCUGAUUGCCACCAGCAUCGUCGAGGAAGGCGUAGAUAUUCCAAAGUGUAACUUGGUGGUGCGGUUUGACUUGCCUACAGAGUACAGGUCCUACGUCCAGUCCAAAGGCCGAGCUCGGGCACCUGUCUCCAACUACAUCAUGCUGGCUGACACUGGGAGGACCAAAGCCUUUGAAGAAGAUCUCAGUACCUACAAGGCCAUAGAAAAAAUCUUAAGGAAUAAGUGCUCCAAGUCAGUGGAGGUGAGUGAGUUUGAAGUGGAACAGGUGAUGGAUGAUGACAACAUUCUACCACCCUAUGUCCUGCGGUCUGAGGAUGGAGGUCCUCGAGUCACCAUCAACACGGCCAUCGGUCACAUUAACAGGUAUUGUGCUCGGCUGCCCAGCGACCCAUUCACACACCUAGCACCAAAAUGUAAAACCGUGGAGAUGGGGGAUGGAUGUUUCCAGUCCACUCUCUACUUGCCUAUAAACUCCCCUCUGCGAGUUCCUGUCAAGGGUCCAGUGAUGAAUUGUGCAAGAGUGGCAGAGAAGGCAGUUGCACUAGUAUGCUGUGAGAAACUCCACAAAAUAGGUGAACUGGAUGAUCACCUGAUGCCCGUGGGAAAGGAGACGGUAAAAUACGAGGAGGAGCUUGAUCUUCACGAUGAGGAGGAGACCAGUGUCCCAGGCCGGCCUGGUUCUACGAAGAGAAGGCAGUGCUACCCCAAAGCUAUACCGGAGUGUCUGUGUGACUGUUAUGCAGUACCGGAGCAGAGCUACUACCUGUAUGUGAUUGGGAUGGUGCUCACCACUCCCCUCCCUGAUGAGCUCAAUUUCCGUAGAAGAAAGCUCUACCCGCCAGAGGACACCACCAGGUGCUUCGGCAUACUGACUGCCAAACCCAUACCUCGAAUUCCCCAUUUCCCGGUGUACACUCGCUCUGGUGAGGUGACCAUCUCCAUCGAGUUGCAGAAGUCUGGCUUCACGCUCACCACUGCCCAGCUCGACCUCAUCACUCGUCUCCACCAGUACAUUUUCUCCCAUAUUCUCCGCCUGGAGAAACCUGCACUGGAGUUCAUGCCCACAAUGGCUGACUCUGCUUACUGUGUUCUACCUCUGAAUGUUGUUGGAGACUCCAACACACUAGAUAUGGAUUUUAAGUUUAUGGAAGGCAUUGAGAAGUCUGAGGCCCGCACUGGCAUUCCUACUACUCAGUACACAAAGCAGAACCCCUUCACCUUUAAGCUGGAGGACUACCAGGAUGCUGUCAUCAUUCCAAGGUAUCGCAACUUCGACCAGCCUCAUCGCUUCUAUGUCGCUGAUGUGUACGCAGACCUGACACCACUCAGCAAGUUUCCUUCGCCAGAGUAUGAGACUUUCGCUGAGUACUACAAAACAAAGUACAACCUGGACUUGUCAAACCUUAACCAGCCGCUCCUGGAUGUAGACCACACCUCCUCCAGACUGAACCUGUUAACCCCUCGACACCUAAACCAGAAGGGCAAAGCCCUGCCACUCAGCAGUGCAGAGAAGAGGAAGGCCAAGUGGGAGAGUUUACAGAACAAACAGAUCCUGGUCCCAGAACUGUGUGCCAUCCACCCUAUUCCAGCCUCCCUGUGGAGAAAAGCAGUGUGUCUGCCCAGCAUUCUUUACCGCCUACACUGCCUGUUGACUGCUGAGGAGCUCAGAGCUCAGACAGCUAGUGAGGCCGGAGUGGGAGUCCAGACCCUCCCCCCUGACUUCAGAUAUCCAAACCUGGACUUCGGCUGGAAAAGGUCUAUUGACAGCAAAACCUUCAUAUCCUGCCCUGAGUCCUGCAGCGAGGAAGGUGCCAGUCACUGUAAGCACCAAGAGACUAUAAGCCCUGAUCCCAGUUCCCUAAUGCUUCCCAGUGGUGAGCACUCUUCCAUGUCUGAGCAGGAGGACUUCAAAGCUUUAGAUUCUGAAGAAGCCCCCUGCACCAGGAACCUAACUAAUGGCACUGCCUUCUUUGCUAGCUGUGACGAUGGCAACCAAAAUGAGCACCUUCCCCAAUGUGACAAUUGCCAAUGCUCCCAGCUCAGCUUUGCUGGGCUGCAGAGCUCCAAAUCAGUACAAAGCACUACCUCAGUUCUUGUGCAGCCCCCUCACACCUUGAAGAAGCCCAACUCCAGUCCUCCACAGCCUAGUGAUGAAUGUACAUCGGGGAGGACUUCAGACCACACAAAAAAAGCUACCUCAGUCUGCAGCCGAGCAGCCACGAGUCCCAACACUCUCACAGCACCUUCUGAUGUCUGUGCUCGUCCCCAGCAUGGAUCCCACGCAGCAAACUCACCCAAGAGCUUGGGGCCCAACCCCGGUCUCAUCCUGCAGGCCCUGACCUUGUCUAAUGCCAGCGACGGCUUCAACCUGGAGCGGCUGGAGAUGCUCGGUGACUCUUUCCUGAAGCAUGCCAUCACUACAUACCUGUUCUGUACCUACCCUGAUGCUCACGAAGGACGUCUCAGCUACAUGCGCAGCAAGAAGGUGAGCAACUGUAACCUGUACCGUCUGGGAAAGAAGAAAGGGCUUCCUAGCAGAAUGGUGGUGUCCAUCUUCGACCCUCCAGUUAACUGGCUGCCUCCUGGAUAUGUGGUCAACCAGGACAAGAGCAGCACCGACAGAAUGAAUUCAGAGGAGGCCAAAGAGGAGCUUUUGGCUAACGGGCGAUCUGGACACGAAUAUGAUGAGGAUGAUGACGAGGGCGAGGAUGUAGAUGAAGAUGGCGAGUUGAUGCUGAAAGAUGAGCCAAAAGAUGAAGUGAACAUGGAGGAUGAUCUUGAGUAUUACAAGGAGCACAUCCGCUUCAUUGACAACAUGUUGCUGGGAUCUGGAGCAUUUGGGAAGAAGAUCUCGUUGAGUGGCUUCCCUCCCAAUCUUACUCCAGCUUCAGGCUCCUCACCAGCUAUGGAAUCUCCGUAUGAUUGGAAGACCCCCAAGAAGCCCUCCCAUCCAACCGCAGCUCAUUACCCCACAGAGCAGGUGCCCAGUGGGCCCUCACCUGAGGAGUUUGACUACAGCUCGUGGGAUGCAAUGUGCUACCUGGACCCCAGCAAGGCCGGUGAGGAGGAUGACUUUGUGGUAGGCUUUUGGAAUCCAUCGGAAGAGAACUGUGGCACUGAGCUCGGUAAGCAGUCCAUAUCCUACGACCUGCAUACAGAGCAGUGCAUCGCAGACAAGAGCAUCGCUGACUGUGUCGAGGCUCUGCUAGGUUGCUACCUGACCAGCUGUGGAGAGAGAGCUGCACAAAUGUUCCUGUGUUCACUGGGCCUCAAGGUUUUACCAUUGGAGAGAGGUCCACCGACUGGAGCAGCGGCACAGGUUCACACUCAUACUCAAGUCGCAGACCUGUGUUACGGCUGGCUCAAGAUCCCACCCCGCUGCAUGCUGGACCAUCCAGAUGCAGAACGAACUCUCAACCACCUCAUAUCUGGCUUUGAGAACUUUGAAAAAAAGAUCAACUACACUUUUAAGAACAAGGCUUAUCUCCUGCAAGCCUUCACUCACGCUUCCUACCAUUAUAACACCAUUACAGAUUGUUACCAGCGGCUGGAGUUUCUUGGCGAUGCAAUUCUAGACUACCUCAUAACAAAGCACCUUUACGAAGACCCACGGCAGCACUCUCCUGGAGUACUGACCGACCUGCGCUCAGCGCUCGUCAACAACACCAUCUUUGCCUCUCUGGCUGUUAAAUACGAUUAUCACAAGUACUUCAAGGCCAUCUCGCCAGAGCUUUUCCACGUCAUUGAUGACUUUGUGCAGUUUCAGCUGGAGAAGAAUGAAAUGCAAGGCAUGGACUCUGAGCUGCGACGCUCCGAAGAAGACGAAGAGAAGGAGGAGGACAUUGAAGUCCCUAAGGCCAUGGGAGAUAUCUUUGAGUCGCUAGCUGGAGCAAUUUACAUGGACAGCAGGAUGUCAUUGGAGACUGUGUGGCAAGUGUAUUAUCCAAUGAUGAGGCCACUUAUAGAGAAAUUCUCUGCCAAUGUGCCACGCUCUCCUGUGAGAGAGCUGCUCGAGAUGGAACCAGAAACUGCAAAGUUCAGCCCUGCAGAAAGAACGUAUGAUGGGAAAGUCCGCGUGACGGUGGAGGUCGUCGGAAAGGGCAAGUUUAAAGGUGUUGGCCGCAGCUACCGGAUUGCCAAGUCGGCAGCGGCGCGACGAGCUCUGCGCAGCCUCAAAGCCAAUCAACCUCAGGUCCAAAACAAUUGAGCUCUCUUACUGAGCUGUCAACAUUAGCACCUAAGUUACCGAAGCCGACAGAGCAACGUCGGCUUCCGAACACAGCACGAUACUAGCCCUGUAUCUUUAGCCUGUGAUGGCACAACAACGGCACCCAGGGAACACUGUGUGCAGACACAACAAUUGAAGAAGACUGAUAUCACAGCCUAUUUCACAUUAGAUAUUCUACCUUUCUUUUUUUUUGCGCAAACACAAUCUUUACUUUUCCUUUCUGCUUUGUGUAAUCAUGAGUGCUUUAUUAACGUAUAGCAAGGUGUUUAUAUAUAAAAAAAAAAAAAAGGUCAGGUCACAGUGUCAAUUCCCCACUGUUCUUUUUGUUGUCAUCUGUUUUUAACCUUGUGUCAGUGAGAUGAGGCUUAUGCUUAUUGUGUAGUAUUAGAUUGUACAUAGUUCAAUCAGAGGUGUAUGUAGGAAGAAAAAAAAAAAAAAACGCUAAACCCCUCAGCCUGUGCACUAGUGCCAGUCAGUUUUAAAGCGGUUUGUAAAAUGCUAACGGCAGACGUGGCUAACAGAUACCACUGGAGCGAACACCUGGUGGCAUUUCUGUCUAAUCUGUCUUGAAAUGUAUUCUUGAUCAGUUUUGCACUUAUUCCAUUAGGAUCUGUUAUUUUUAAAAUGGUGUGGUCAGAUUGACACCAAAAUCAUAUACGUAGCAAAGUAUAUAAAUAUAUAUGAAAUGCAUAAAUGAUAUUAUCGGCCUUAGAUGCUAAGGCUCACCGUCAUCCUGCAAAACGGAUAGGAAUUACAACAUUCCCAGUUACUGUAAUUUAAACUAGUUUCUAACCGCACUUGAGGUUGCAUGUUCUUGUAGCUUAUGUAUAAACCGAGACAACUGGAUGGCUUCUAUAAAUGUUUCAAGUCUACGGCUAUAUGUAGUGCGACAGCCAGGUGAGAUGUUUAAGGCAUUAUCUCUGCGAUUUGGUUUUAGCGAUGCUAAGAGUGGAUGGAGUCGACUUGGUCAGUCUUGCGCAAUAGAUGUCUUUCCACAGCAAAUCAUCCAGUUUUGAUACGAGGAAAAAAGAGAAACUCACCCGUUCAAUAUGCUGCAGAAUUUUCUAUGAGUUGGAUACUCGUGUGUGACACGGAAUCUUUUCAGACCGUCUUUGUGAACAAGACCAAUUCAUUUCAACAGUGUUCCUCACAUCCCUUACCUACCAAAGCUAUAGUAGAUGUGACACUAUGAGAAUGAAGUCAGUUCCCGAGGGUAAGAAUACCAGCCUCGUCUGUGGUUUUUGCUUCUUGCUAAAUGUCUCCCCCCUCGCCCUCAUAAAUAAGCCCUUUUCACUUGAAUACCUCAGUUAAUUGCAUGCAUUUUCUUGUCUUUGUUUUUCUUUUUUGUUUGGUGCUAAUUUUUUUUUUGUAUUAAGCUUGAACUUCUCAUCUUUUUUGCACUGUAACUAUAAUACCUCUUUAUUUGACCUCCUUUUUUUUUUUUUUUUUUUUAACUGUUUAGUUUGUUGGUCUUGUUUGUUUGCUAUAGAGCUGUAAAGGAAAGCUGUGUGGUCGACUCUUCUCCCCUCUCAUACUUGAGGCACUUGAUGAUUUUUAGAGGGCGGGGAUAGGAAUUGUUUUCUCUGCACAUAAAUUAGUUUCAUCAUCUAUUCAUUUCAAACAAUUUAGAGUUUCCUUUCGAAUUCAGGGGUAAAACAGACGAUUGAUUGAUCACACGAGGAUACGUGCUUGUAGAGGUAAUCGGAUUGCACUCUUAAAUUUGCUCCAAAAAAUAGGCGGUGAAAAUACUUGACUUAACUCUUCAGUUCUGUCUUCAUAAAUAAGGGUUGGAAAAGACUUUUACCUGUGUGACACCUGAACUGUUAGUAUAGCGAUCUGAAAUCUAAUCGGUCACAAAAUCCUCCACACAGGUCUUCUACCUCAAAGGACCGUCCUCUCAGUGUUCAUUUCUGCACAAGACUGAAGUUCAGUUCAGUGCACUCUGACAGCGCCGUCUACAUCAGAUCUUCAGUAUACAAUAAGCCAAUCUCCAGUUCCAUCAUAAUGAUUUGCGUCGCUUGUCUUGAAUCAAAGAUGUGACUCAGAUCUUAGUGCCUUCUGUGGGAGGAAACCAGCGUGUGCACGGACUAGAUCGCAGGCCCUGCUCGUAUCUGAUGUUAACAAGGCUAUUCAGUGUUCUGAUCCAAAGUGGACAGCCCACUUCACUCCGUCAUUAGAAUGCAUCUCCGUGGGUGUAGAGUACCACUCGUGAUUGGCUCUCAGUCCUCCACUCUGUAUGCAAAUAUGUGCCUGCCUUGACGCCGUUUUCAAAAACCACAUGCCAGAUCCUGCACGGGUGCAUUUUCCAAACCAGCGUUUGCCCGUACUCGGACGGCUCGGUCAUUACCUGUAGUCGUCUCCAAAUCCAGAUGACUUGCCAUGUAUGGGCUACGGACAAUGUUAGCUAUGAUGCUUGACCAAGGUGGGUCAUUGUUUAGAGUGGGUCUGUGGAAACUGACUUGGGGAACACUGAAAAGGAAAAUGCCUGGUGAAAGCAUUUAGCUGCAGGAUUGGAUUUUUGGCCUGGAGUUUUGUUUUGUUUUACUGGCAGGGUUAGUGGAGUCAGUGGAGUAGCCUCCUGAGUAGCGUUGUUCACAGCAUCUUCAGCGACACACUGAAUACACAAAUCAACAUGAAUGUAUAUGUUCUUGCUUUUGAUCUAAACUCCGUAAUUAAACUGAAGAUUAUUCCUAAAUAAAUCAUGUCACUGAUUGGCUCCAGUGUCCUUGGCUGACUGAAGACCCACUGCAGACAUUUUCUAACUCUGACCCAUGCUAAGUGUUACUAGAGAAAACAUAAACCUGAGAACUCAGGACAGGAACUGGCUCUGACUGGGUGCCCGAAAGGGUUCGAUCAACAACAGAGGGCAGAAGUAUUCUGUGUUACAAACACCCAAACGAAGUUCAGACUGAUAGCUGCUGCAGUACGGUAGUUUUGAAUAUGGCCACAAAUUCCAAAUUUCUGUUGACCCGUUUGUUGCAGCAACCUGAUUCUUUCUUUUUCCCAGAUUCCCAUUCACUUCCUUUGGUCCAACAGAAUACUACGUGAAGAGUAAAUGUGAAACUUUGCAACACUUCAGUCCACCUUUUUCCAGCUUAUCACUGUCAGAGUGCAAUCUGUUAUUAUUUCUCAAGCAGGCAGAGUGGAACUAUGAAAACCAGGCUGUGAUUUCUCAUUCCCCCAUUAGAGACACUGUGGGCUAUCAGUUUCACCCUGCCACUCCUCACUCUGUAGUAAACACACAGAGCUGAACACACUAAUCAUCAGUGAGACUCUGGGAGGGACAGAAGAGGGAUUAUUUUAAAAAAAGAAAACAAAUGUGAAAUCGCUCGCGGUGCCACGCCCACUGUAUUAUGUGUGACCGAUGGAAAACAAGGAUCCUUUUCAGAUGGAGAUGAAGACGUGUGUGGGAGUGCUGAAAUUAAGGUAGCCCUGGAUUAUUUGGAGUGGACGAUGUUUUCUUCUACUGGCAAAGUUUUUUUCUUUUUUUUUUUUUUUUUUUUUUUUUGUACAUGUAGCACAAUUGAGCAUUGCACUUGGGCGCCAUACCUUACCUCAUGUCAAAGUGUGAAAGGGACUGAACAAUGGAGGAAAAAGCAGUGUGUGUAUAUAUGAUGCCAUGUUAUUAAGGACUAACUUGUGGUUUGCUGCUGUCUCAGUUGCUGGUGUUACACAAAUCUAUGUUUAAAAUGAGAGAAUGAGACGAUUGGAGAGGAAAGAUAAAACCGUGCCUGCAGGCUCUCACCUGACAAAUACACUGUAAGAAGAAUCUCUGUAAUUGGGGCUAAAAUGUCUGGAUGUCAUGUGUCGGAUAUCCUGCCUUAAAUGUGUUUGGAAAUGAAUUGUAAAGUUAAACUGACACUUUGAAUUGAAUCCUGCUUUGUCACAGAAUGCAAACUAGCCCACCACAGGAGGAGAAAUGAGGCUGGCACAUGUAAUCAAACUUCCAACCUUUUGAGAACCUAAAGGAAAAAUCUACUCAUGCCUGUGAGAAGCAGCUCACAUGAGCACGUCUGCUCUUCAAGUGUAGGCUGAAAGUGGUCUGUCAUUCAAACGAAUUGGACCAUAAACUGUUUACAUUUGAUUGUCUGUGAUCUUCUGUGAAUUCUUUGCCUGUAAAAUUACUGCUCGUUUUCGCCGUGGAUGUAAUUAGAAUGUUUUGACACCAAUCAUGAAAAAAGUGACACUUUGAAGUCAAACUAUAUAGAUUACUGUAGUAACACUGUUUGGUCUUCAAGUUGGGAUUUAUCAGAACACCUUCAGCAUCAGCAGCAGUCUUCUUUCUGCAGCUGUUAUAAACGAGCAAACACUGCACUUCUUGGUCCUUUGUGCAAACUCCAAGAGUUACUAUGGAGACUCUAAAGUGGGUCUCCUCCAGUAGGUCAAAGUAUCUAGCCCAUGCAGCUUUGUGUCCACAGCUCACUCUGUAAUUUUCCAUUUAAUUGAUGUGAUUACAUAAAGUCUGUGGAAACAACAAAUUGUCCUUUUCAAGGUAGAGUAGAGCCUAACCAAAACAGCAAACUUUCAGUACUGAUAUAUUAACUGAUACUGGCUUUGUAAUACUUCACCAUUGUGUACUGUGGAUUUGACAAACUAUGAUUGUCAUUUCUUAAUUACAUCAAGCGUUCCUGAUCUUAAAACAAUACAUUGUCUCAAUAAUACUUUAUUUUAUUUUGAAAUGUCAGGUGCUAUUACUGAUAUGGAAAUGUUGAUGCAGGGUCCACAUGUCAGUUUCCAACAUGUGUUCCUAAUGGCUCUGCUUUAGUGCGAGCUUAGACUAAUGGAUCUGACGCCUGAUUACAGAGUCAGUGAAUUUUAAGUCUCGGCGAGGUGUGUGCAGUUUAACAAACAGGGAAGAUAAACAAACAGCAUAUUGUGGUGGUAGAAGUGCUUUAACGUUUAUGGUGCUGAAGGUGGACGUGGACUCACUACGGUGUGCUCGUGUAUUUGUUUAAGACCUUACAGUGGAUAUCAGUGGGUACUGUGAUGAAUGGUAUGACAAUCUUGGAAAAUGGGUAAGGUUUUCUACAAUGCUUCAUUACAAUCAAGUUUCCAAAGUGUUUACAUUUUCUGUGAAUGACUGUCAGAAAAUUCUUUUUUU